UUUAAUAAAACUCCUGCUUUCAUCAUUCCAUUCCAUUCUCCCUCAUAAUCUUUCCGCUUCUCCUUCAGAUCUUUCUCAUCGAUUAACAGGAAUGCCGAGGGAACGGGAAAAUAAAGAUGUACCGAUUACUUCCCGGGGCCCAUUCAAUGGUCCCGGGGAUUUAGCAUCUCAUAGAGGCUUGUUCUCUAGCAUCUUUGGAGGAAGGGACCCCUUUGAUGACCCGUUUUUCAGUCGACCGUUUGGACGUAUGUUUGAGCCUAGACAUGGUUCUUUUGAUGACAUGCCACAUCCAAACACAAGCGGUUCCAAGGGGCUACUUAUUGAAGAGUUGGAUUCCGAUGAUGAACAAGAAGAUAAAAACGAUGAUUCUGGCAAAGGUCCCCUUAUUGAACAUCCGGACGAUGAAGCAGAGGAAGUGAAGAAGGAUGUGAAGUUUAACGAGAAUCAUAACCGGAUUGAAAGGACCAAGCCCCAGACACAUAGCACUAGCUUUAAGAAAGUUACAUACGGCGGUAUAAAUGGAACAUAUUACACUGCCGCUACAACCAGGAAGUCGGGUAGUGAUGGGAUGGUGAUCGAAGACAGCAAAGAAGCCGAUAAAGCAACAGGUCGAGCAACACACAGAAUUUCUAAAGGAAUACAUGAAAAGGGUCAUUCUGUCAUGAGGAAACUUGGUACGGAUGGGAAAGUGGAUACAGUGCAGACCCUACACAACCUCAACGAAGAUGAGUUGGCGGGUUUUGAACAAGAGUGGAAAGGUAAUGCCGACAUGCACAUCCCUGGAUGGAACGAAGAAUUCAACUUGUUGGAGAGGACAGGAUCGGGUAGUAUGCGACCAUUUAACUUGGCGCUCAAGGGUAGUGAAAGUGUAAACGCCGACAAUGGAGCAAGGAGGAGCAGUAGUUCGGGUGGACGACCUAAAAAGGUGGUUACAAUCAACAUAGAUUGGAAUUGAAUGCAUUGUAAACACUAAACAGCCAAGGUUAUAUGAUUUGUGUCGAUAAAUACAUUCAUUAAACCUACAUCCUAUGGGUCGAUCAAAGAAUCUUACUUUCUCGUAAUAAGGUUUUAAAAGUUGCAUGAGUUUUGUA